AGUGAUCAAAAAACAAAUUGCAGUGACCUGUGCAUGCCGGGAAGGCCGUGACGUCAAGGGUGGGAUUGCAGAGGCGAAUCAUCAUGGCGGACACCAGGCUGUACGAUCUGCUCGGAGUUCCUGCGAACGCGUCGGACUCACAGAUCAAGAAGGCGUACCACAAACUGGCUAAGGAAUAUCAUCCAGAUAAGAACCCAGAACACGGAGAGAAGUUUAAAGAGAUCAGUUUUGCGUACGAAGUACUGUCCAAUGCAGAGAAACGAGAGACGUACGAUCGCUAUGGACUGGAUGGACUGAAGGAAGGGGCUGGCGGUGCAGGGGGAGCGGAAGACCUGUUUUCACACAUCUUCGGAGGGGGACUGUUCGGAAUGGGGGGGUUCGGGGGCAUGGGAGGGGGGCGUCGACGUGGUCCCAGAAGAGGAGAAGACAUGAUUCACCCUCUAAGAGUUUCUUUAGAAGACCUGUACAAUGGCAAGACAAGUAAAUUACAACUCAGUAAAAACAUCAUCUGCAGUAGAUGCCGGGGACAAGGGGGCCGACCAGGUGCCGUCCAGCCCUGCCGCGUAUGUCAAGGUCGCGGAGUCAAGGUCACCAUCCGGCAGCUCGGACCAGGCAUGGUACAGCAGAUGCAGUCAGUCUGCUCCGACUGUAACGGAGAAGGAGAGAUGAUCAACGCUCGUGACCGCUGCACCGCCUGUCAGGGCAAGAAGGUUGUGAAAGAGAGCAAAAUUCUGGAGGUCCACAUCGACAAGGGCAUGAAGAACGGACAACGCAUCACCUUCAGGGGGGAGGGCGACCAACAGCCUGGAGUGGAAGCCGGUGACAUCAUCUUGGUUUUACAAGAGAAGGAUCACGACAGAUUCCGGCGUGAUGGCCCCGACCUCUUCCUCACACACACGGUCGGGCUGACGGAGGCACUCUGUGGCUUCACGCUCAACGUUAAACACCUAGACGGGAGAAAUUUGGCUAUUAAAUAUCCCCCAGGAUCUGUGAUAGAACCAGGUUGUAUCCGGGGGGUCGUCGGCGAGGGAAUGCCAAUCUAUAGGAACCCAUUCGAGAAGGGAAACCUGUACAUAAAGUUCGACAUCAAAUUUCCAGAGAAUAAUUUUGUUGAUGAAGCUAAAAUGAAGACCCUGGAGGGGUUGCUGCCGCCCCGCCCCACCAUGCCCCACCCCGCGGGGGAUGUGGAGGAAGUAGAUCUCAUGGAGUACGAGUCCACCAGGGGAGCGCCCGGCGCCAACAGCCGGGAAGCCUACGAUUCCUCGGACGAUGAGGAUGGACCGAGGGGCGCAAACGUUCAGUGUGCACAUCAGUAGCAACGUUGUCAUGGCAACACAGCUUCUGUACCAGCAUGUACAAUGUACUUAUAGAGGCACACCCUGAUGUUAGAAAAGUGGGGAGGGGGGCAUUGUUACUAUUUAGGCCACAUAAACCUGAUUUUGUGGAGGAUAGUCUGCACACAUCAAUUUUAUCCCAUUCCUUAAAAAAGAAUUGUCCCUUUGACAUAUGGGCAGUGAGCAUGUUCAGAAGCCCUUCAUGCAACAAUCACAGUGAGAAACACAGUCAAACCUGUACCAGUGUCCAGUGACCACCUUUGCAUAAGGAUCAACUGUCUAUUUUGGCUACUCUUUGGUGGUCCUUUAGAGUGGCCACAGGUUGCCACACAGAUUUGACUAUAUUUGUUUAUUGUCUUGAACUAUCUAAGCAUAUGUUAGACCUUAGAAAACACAUUUCCC